GCUGCUGCAAAAGUGUGAAAGCAGGAGAAUCUUCUAAACAAGAACACCUGAGUGAGACGUCGCUCCGCUCAUCUGCAACUGUGCAGGUCGUUGUUGGACCGUACAGGCGCCCGCUUCCGCACCUAAUGCUCCAACUAGGCCGACAGCGGACUGUCACGUUAUCGACCUCGCAACAGGAUUUACGCUUUUGUUUACUUUUGGCACUUUCGCAACCGUUUUCGCACCGCUCACUAAGAAUGUCUGGUUUCCGUGUGAACUUAUGACAAUAUUGGUUUAUCUUGGUGAUUGUCCGUGUGCUAAGGAGCAAAACUGACCAGGGAAGUGUGACCAAGGUGAAAGGAAGCGAGAUGGCGGUGGACCUCAACAAGAAUAAGGACAGUUUGGUGGCCGCCUGGAGAGAGGUUGUUGAUGACAAAAAUCCCAUUGAUUGGGCUCUUUAUGGUUAUGAAGGACAGACGAAUGUGCUCAAAGUUGUUAGCAAAGGAGAUGGCGGUAUUGAGGAAAUGAUUGAAGAUUUGAGUUCUGGUAAAAUCAUGUAUGGCUUCGUCAAGGUGCUCGACCCAAAAACUAGUCUUCCAAAAUGCGUGCUGAUCAUCUGGCAAGGUGAAGGUGCACCGAUGGUGAGGAAAGGGGUGUGCGCCAAGCACGUGCACGACGUGUCCAAAGUUCUCCAUGGUGCACAUAUAACAGUAAAUGCGAGGAAUGAGGAUGAAGUGGACCCCCAGAUCAUCAUCGACAAAGUGGCCAAGUCGACAGGCUCAGACUACAGCUUCAAGGAGAGGGCUGAGCCAGAGAGGGCUGCACCAGUGGGUACAAGAUAUGAGAAGCAAAAUCCUGCUAAAGAGAUUAAUGCGAGUGAGCGCGACCGAUUUUGGGAGAAAGAAGAGUUGGAGGAGAAGAAGCGGCAGGCCGAGGAGAAAAGAAAAAGGGAAGAAGAGACCAAGCGCAUUGAUCAGGAGAGAAUUCGAUUGGAGGAGAAAAGCAUGGAGAUAAUGCAGCAAAAGGAAGCGGAAUGGACGCAAAAGCAUCCUGAGCCACUAAAGGAAGAGAAAAUUGUUCCCAAGUCCUUUGUUAAACCACUCAAGGAGUUGAAUUUUAACAACGGCCACACUAACGUUCCUGCUGCGACUGAGGUGGAAGAGGAGGAACUGUCCCCGCUGGCCCAGGCACAGCGCACAUUGGCCAGCGUGGCCAGUCUGGACGACGCCCCUGCGCCCAUGCAGCUGUCCCCCGACAACGAAACGCCUGCAGAGCCUAGCGUAGUUGAAGAGCGACUUGAGUCUCAGGCAGAGGAGCCGCCCAGCAAGGAGGACUUUGGAAUCCGGGCCAGAGCUCUCUAUGAUUAUCAAGCAGCUGACGCAACCGAGAUAUCAUUUGACCCUGAAGACAUCAUCACACACAUUGACAUGAUUGACGAGGGCUGGUGGCAAGGACUUGGUCCAGACGGCAGCUACGGCCUCUUCCCAGCUAACUACGUUGAACUAGUUAUUGACGAUUAAGAGCAGUAUUAACUUAAAACCUUUUAACUAAAGUUCCAAUCUCCCCGCUGUUCGCUAAAGCCACAUCGGAUUUUAAUCCUUUCCAAGAGCAGCAUCAAAUUGUUUUUCUUGACUGAUUUUUACUAAGUUUGGGGCUCUCGCAAAUAUUUUGCAAUUUAUGUAGUUUCUUCGUUCUAAGAGAUUUUUAUACUUUUUUUUAACAAAAGUGAUCCUAACGAAUAAUGGCAGCUCAUGUUACGUUUAGCAAAAUUUUCCUCCUAGCUUUGGAUAAUAUAACCCUGUUGAUUAAAUAAAAUGACUAAUGGUUGUAAAA